UGGAGCGGCGGCGGCGGUGCGGGCGGGCGCUCGCUGGCCAGGGCGCUGCGCAAAGACUCCCCGCGCCGGCUCCGCUCCGCGCCCUUCCCCGCCGCCGAUGGAAGAGAUGGAAGAGGAGCUGAAAUGCCCCGUGUGCGGCUCCUUCUACCGGGAGCCCCUCAUCCUGCCCUGCUCGCACAGCCUGUGCCAGGCCUGCGCCCGCAACAUCCUGGUGCAGACGCCCGAGGCCGAGUCCCCGCAGAGCCGCCGGGCCUCGGGCGUCUCCGACUACGACUACCUGGACCUGGACAAGAUGAGCCUGUACAGCGAGGCGGACAGCGGCUACGGCUCCUACGGCGGCUUCGCCAGCGCGCCCACCACCCCGUGCCAGAAGUCCCCCAACGGGGUGCGGGUCUUCCCGCCGGCCGCGCCGCCGCCGCCCCACCUGCCGCCGCCGCCGGCCGCCCUGGCCCCCGUGCCCCGCAACGCCUGCCUCACCUGCCCGCAGUGCCACCGCAGCCUGAUCCUGGACGAGCGGGGGCUGCGCGGCUUCCCCAAGAACCGGGUGCUGGAGGGGGUGAUCGACCGCUACCAGCAGAGCAAGGCGGCCGCGCUGCGCUGCCAGCUGUGCGAGAAGGCGCCCAAGGAGGCCACGGUGAUGUGCGAGCAGUGCGACGUCUUCUACUGCGAGCCCUGCCGCCUGCGCUGCCACCCGCCCCGCGGCCCGCUGGCCAAGCACCGCCUGCUGCCGCCGGCCCAGGGCCGGGUGAGCCGCCGGCUCAGCCCCCGCAAGAUCUCCACCUGCACGGACCACGAGCUGGAGAACCACAGCAUGUACUGCGUGCAGUGCAAGGUGCCCGUGUGCUACCAGUGCCUGGAGGAGGGCAAGCACUCCAGCCACGAGGUCAAGGCCCUGGGCGCCAUGUGGAAGCUGCACAAGAGCCAGCUCUCCCAGGCACUGAAUGGAUUGUCAGACAGAGCCAAGGAAGCCAAAGAGUUCCUGGUGCAGCUACGAAACAUGGUUCAGCAAAUCCAGGAGAACAGCGUGGAGUUCGAAGCUUGCCUGGUGGCACAGUGUGAUGCCCUCAUUGACGCGCUCAACAGGAGGAAAGCCCAGCUGCUGUCCCGAGUCAACAAGGAGCACGAGCAUAAGCUGAAGGUGGUACGAGACCAGAUCUCUCACUGCACAGUCAAGCUGCGCCAGACCACAGGCCUGAUGGAGUACUGUUUGGAGGUCAUCAAAGAGAACGACCCCAGUGGGUUUUUACAGAUUUCCGAUGCUCUGAUCAGGAGAGUGCACUUGACCGAGGACCAGUGGGGAAAAGGGACGCUAACCCCAAGGAUGACCACAGACUUUGAUUUAAACCUGGACAGUGCGCCUUUGCUGCAAUCCAUCCAUCAGCUCGACUUUGUGCAGAUGAAAGCUUCCUCUCCAGUGCCGGCACCCCCAAUCCUACAGCUAGAAGAAUGUUGCACCCACAACAACAGCGCCACGUUGUCCUGGAAACAGCCCCCUUUGUCGACCGUGCAGGUGGAAGGAUAUAUUCUAGAGCUGGAUGAUGGGAACGGUGGUCAGUUCAGGGAGGUGUACGUUGGGAAAGAGACGAUGUGCACUGUGGAUGGUCUGCACUUCAACAGCACGUACAGUGCUCGCGUCAAAGCCUUCAACAAAACAGGAGUCAGCCAGUACAGCAAGACCCUGGUCCUACAGACGUCCGAGGACACAGAGUCAGAAGAACAGACCCUCCCUUUUCCAGUGCCUUUGGAAAGAUUUCAGCUCCGUAGAAUGAGUCCUUUCUCCUCCACACUUAAUCUACAACCCAGCUUCUCGGGGAGAUCCUACUUUGAGCUAAGAUCCUCGUCCCACCCGCUGAGCUUGCAUUCUUCUUUGCAGUCUCUGAAUUCAGCCGGGUGCAAUUUUGAGACACAGUCAGCGCCUUACUCUCAAUUAGUUGACAUUAAAAAACUGGUGGCAGUGGCCUGGUUUUCGUUCGAUCCCGGCUCUGCACACUCUGACAUCCUCUUUUCCAAUGACAACCUGACUGUCACCUGUAACAGCUAUGAUGACAGGGUUGUGCUGGGGAAAACUGGCUUUUCCAAAGGGCUCCAUUAUUGGGAGCUGUCGAUCGAUCGUUACGAUAACCACCCAGACCCGGCCUUUGGCGUGGCUCGUGUUGAUGUCCUCAAGGAUGUCAUGCUAGGAAAGGACGACAAAGCCUGGGCAAUGUAUGUGGACAAUAACCGGAGCUGGUUCAUGCACAACAAUUCACACACCAACAGGACUGAAGGGGGAAUAACAAAAGGUGCCACAGUGGGAGUGCUCCUUGACUUAACCAGGAGGACCCUAACAUUUUCCAUCAACGAAGAUCAGCAAGGUCCUGUGGCUUUUGAGAACAUGGAGGGCCUGUUCUUCCCUGCCGUCAGUCUGAACAGAAAUGUGCAGGUGACUCUCCACACUGGUUUGCCGGUCCCUGAAUUCUAUACGUCCAGGGCAUCCAUGCAGUAAUGAGACUGCUGAAGCCAGCUGCCUUUUCUCAGGCUGAGUCAAGAGAGCUGCUUUACUUUGUGAAGAAGAGACCUCCUAGGAGCCGGGGAAUCUUUGGUCAGCUGGUAACUGGAAAACCAAAAAAAGAAACAAAAGCGAGAAGAGAAGAAACUGGCCUUCUCCAGUCUUUGUACUCCACGACCGCACGGCAAACCCGCUUGGCGACUCUGGCACUGUACUGUGCGCGUUUGCUUUGCUGUUUAGCUCUUUUGGCUGAUAAAGUACCUAGAUAGCCUGAGAUGUUACUCUGUGUCAGCUUUUCGGUUUGGGUCAUUGGUUUGAUUUGCUGUUAUUUUUAAAUGUGGGCUUUUAAUUUCCUCCUCACAGUGUGGUUGCUGUUGACCAGUUUAGCUGCUGCCGUCGCAAGUGAAACCCUUCCAAUUACUUUCGACUGAGUUAUACAUCAGACAAAAGAUGCUGUCUAAAGAAACCAAGGAGAGACUUGGGAGCGGGGUGGGGGGACCCUCUGUGGGCAAGCAUUUUCUGAUGCCAGUCAAAUUACCUCCAGUGAUUGUUACUUUCCCUGCAGCCUUUCUUGUGGAGCACCCUCAAGCAUAUUUGUAGACAUUGGUCUUGGAUUACCAGUUAGUCUAUACAGAGCCAGGUGGAAUGCAUCAAGUAUUGGGAGACCAUCAUAUCUAUUAUAGCAGAUAGGGCCAGAUUCUUCCCUCACGCGUGGAUGUGGCUCACACUGAAGUCAGUGCAUCGCUGGGCAGGAUUUGGCCCAAAGAUAUUACUUUUAAAUACCAAGAGAUUUGCCAGGGCUUCAUCAGACCACUGUAAUUAAGAUGGAUAGGUAGCCUGAGAAGAUAAUUACAUUUCUGAUGUGAUGAUCACUUGGUUUCAGCAGAAUAAUUAGAUGUUAAUUGAACAGCUCUGGUUCUAUAAUUUAUCAUUUCCAAAGGCUUUUCUGUUUAGCUCAGUAGGUGGACCGGGCUGUUUACCAUCCUCCUGUUCCCAAGCACUGCAAGGCAGUGCGGAUUUGCGAGAGGACUUGAUACGAGCAUUUGCACCCACUCAGUGGCUUUAUAAUCUGCGCUCUACAUAAUGGUGCCAGCUGACAGUGUUGCCAUAUCUCACAGGGCCUGCAGUUGGCCCUUUUGAUAUUCGCAUUUAUUUUUUUAUAGCUACAGCGAAAACCUAGCCUUAAAAAACCACCCGACAGUGUCCUUUUUUUCGUAGAGAGGAUUCAUUCUGUUCCGAGGUUAGCAUCACGUGGGGAUCAGGAGAGAACAGAGCAAGAAGAGGAAAGAGAGAGUUGGAAUCACAGUCCAUGGCAUUCACAUUCUCAGGAAUAAAUAUGCUUGUUGCCAUGCCUACCUGUGCCUAACAUCAACUCGAGUUACAUUCUGCUUCCAUUCACAAACUUAACUUUCUGGUAAUUCAGACAAAUGUCACAUGUAAAAACGACAGAUGAUUACCACUGUGUUUAAAUGCCAGAACGUUAACUUUUACCGUUUCUGUAGUGAACAGACUGCAUGCCGCAUGUUAUUACGCUUUCCUUUGGUUGACGACACUCUCUAGAUUAGUUUCAGGGGCUGGAGAAAGAUUCCGUUUUGUUGCCCAACCAUUUGCCAACUUGCCAAGCAAUUGGGUUUGUUGAAAAACAUAGUUAGUUGAACUGGGGAUGGGGUGGGAGGGGAAGCUAAUGGAAUAAUGUUCCAGCAAAAAGACAUAUGUAAAUAGAUAAUCAUUUCCUUUUAGUGCUUACCAUCCUAUUUAGAAUGUUCUUAUUUCUUAUAUUGUUGUUCUGGUAUUAAGUUUACCUAAUUUAUUGAAUGGGUGCUAUCUUGUUCAUUUAAACCUAUUAGUUUAUCUCAGCUACAGAAGAGCUGUGUUGCGGGACAACGCUGAUCUGUUAUUUGUUUAAUUUCUUAUGAGACUCAGUUGCCGGGCCACUGUGGACUCGUUUUUCAUAGUCGUUACAUUCCCAGUUCUUUAUGAUGUUCAUGACGCUUAUUAGAUUUCUAGUGACUUGUAACACGUAGUUGACGCUGUACUGCAAUCAUAGCUGCGUACAGCUGCUGUACUAAAGAAAAGUGUUUGCUGUUCUAAUAAAUGACUUUUAUGAGAGAA